AUGUAUAAUUCAUUAGCUUUAAAAUUAUCGCCUAUACUUAACCACCGGAGCCAAACUGAGGGCACAUAUUUACAGAUAACAUGUUCAUUACAACAGGGAUCGGGUCCUAUUAAUUUUGAAUGGCAUAAAAAUGGACAAUUACUCAAAUCGGGUCCACAUUUGAAUUAUAAUAUAGAUUUUUAUAAAAGAUUUUCCACUUUUACUAUCGAAACAAUCACUCGUAAAGACUCCGGUAAUUACACGUGUGUUGUGAGGAAUGCCAUCGCAAGUGACACACAAUCGGUUGUCCUCACAAUUAAAGCACCAAAAAUAGUGCCCCUUUUAAGUAGCAGAAACCAAAGUAUUGGUUCAUAUUUUCAAAUGUUGUGUACAACACAAGAGGGUUCACUUCCUCUACAGUUUGAGUGGAAAAGAGAUGGACAGACACUACAGUCCAGAGCAGACACUAACUAUAAGAUCGAGAACUCAAUGCGAUUCUCGACGCUUACUAUUGAAGCCAUUGACACAACCGAUGCCCAUAACUACUCGUGUUUUGUCAUCAAUGGUAUCGGUAGUGAUACACAAUCUGUUGUACUUAAUGUUAAAGUUAUUUUUGGCUUUAAAUUAAGUGUAAAUCUAAAUUCAGCUGAAAUAAUAGCACCGAAAAUAAUGCCAUUUAUGAAUCAACAAAAUCUUAAUGAGGGCUCAUAUUUUCAAAUCACAUGUUCUAUACAUAAGGGAAGUCCUCCACUUUUCUUUGAGUGGACUAUUAAUGGACAGACAGCUAAACCCAGUCCUAAUGUAAACUUUAAGAUUGAUAAUUACGAUAUGUUUUCAACAUUUGUCAUAAAGAGUAUCACUCGUAAAGACUCCGGUAAUUACACGUGUGUUGUGAGGAAUGCCAUCGCAAGUGACACACAAUCCGUUUUGUUAUCCAUUAAAGUACCGCCGACGUGGCUGAAGGAACCGCAGGACAUACGCGUCAAAUCAGGUGAUGAUGUGGCCGUGGAGUGCAUUGCCGAUGGAUUACCCAAACCAACAGUUAAAUGGAUCAGCUCUAAAGGAAAGGUAAUUCCGGGUGAAGUAUUAAAUUUGGCGAACUUUAAGGUCGGCAGUAGUGAAGCGUAUGAAUGCAUUGCAGACAAUGGUAUCGGAGACUCAUUGAAAAAGUCUAUUAAUGUUUUCUUCAGCGUUCCGGCAAAGUUUGAUGAGAAAUAUAGUGUACAACAAGUAAAAAGGGGUGAAAGCGCGCGAUUGAAAUGCAAUGCAACGGGAGAUCAUCCCCUCACCAUUAAAUGGACCAAAGAUAAUGCCAAACUUGAAAAGAUUGGAUCGCAUAAUUUUGAGAUCGUUGAGAGUAAUACAGAGUAUGGAUUGGUAUCGGAAUUGUUGUUACGUAUAACUCAGCGAACUGACGGUGCUAUCUAUAAAUGUGAGGCCGAGAAUACACACGGAAAGGAUGAGCGCACUAUUAAACUGGUUGUUCUCGAGAUUCCCGGACCACCAAAGACAGUACACGUGAAGGAGGUUUGGUCGCGUACGGCAAGCAUCGUCUGGUCGGCGCCCUAUUCAGGCAAUUCUCCCAUUUCUAAGUAUACAAUACAGUAUUGGCGACAUCAAAGUGCACCGCAUAGACUCAAUGAGUUUACUGUCAGUAGUACUCAGACGUCGGCACUUAUUAAAGAUUUGAGUCCUGGAUUGUCGUAUGAAAUGACUGUUGUUGGUGAGAAUGAGGUCGGAAGAGGUGAAGCGGCAGAUACUGUAAAAUUUACGACCGGUGAAGAAGAGCCGUCAGCUCCUCCUAAUGAUAUGUCAGUAGAGGGUAUGGGUCCCACUACUAUAAGGAUCACAUGGAGGGCACCUCCCAAAGAGCACUGGAAUGGUGUUAUAAACGGUUAUUAUGUGGGCUAUCGUAAGGCACGUGAGACAAACCAUCCGUUUACUCUAAAAUUGGUUGAAUCCAAACCCAAUCAGAAGUCGGCCGAAUCGGAAUCAUAUGAAUAUUUUUUGCGCGAUUUAGUCAAAGGUAAUGAAUAUGCAAUUGUUGUGAAGGCAUACAACUCGGCCGGAAGUGGUCCACAGUCUCAUGAAAUGUUCGCCCAUACCUUUGAUGGUGAUCUACCACCCGCUCAAUUGUUAAAUGCUAUGGAAUCUACUAAUACGUUGAUAACAGUGCGAUGGCAUCAAAAAGAUCUCCGAGAAUCUCAAACACCGACACAAAGCUUUACAUUACACUAUCAACGAGAAGGUGAAUCCAAAUGGAAGGAAGUGCCGCUGUCGUCACUGGUAACGCCCGCACCUAUUACUGAGGGAUCAGCACUCGCAUCCUAUACUUAUAAUUUGGAAAACCUAGAGUCAGGCAUUCAAUAUCGACUGUUCAUUACUGCAGUUAACAGAUAUGGUUUCAGUGAUCCCAGUAAUGUAGUAAUUGCCCGAACAGAUGGUGGUGACAUUAAAGUGCUUGAAAGCGAGAUUUUCAACCAGUUCUUCAACGACGGACCCUAUUAUUUGCAGCCCUCCUUCACAAUCCCUUUACUCUCUGCGGUUGUUAUUAUCAUUAUAGUCAUUAUAUCGGCAUUUGUUUGCGUCAGAAGAAUUAAUAGGGAAAGGGCUGCGGCUGAGGGAUUUAUUAUGGACAGCGCAACCCUACAUAAGCAGUUAGCCGGACAUCACAUGGGAACCACACCUCGAUAUAUGGACUUUGAUAAAACUAGUGGUAAACCAUUGAUGAUGACAGAGGCCGGUAACGCGUAUCCAACGCCAUACGCAACAAUGCCAAUGGGAGGCUUAGAUGGAUGUCAAUUCCAACCCCACCCAUCGAUGAUGAAAAAUGAUCACAUAUACGAUCACCCCCAUAGAUUAUACCCAGUGAUGGCAAAAUGAAUUAUAUGA